AUGUACUACUCUAAACAGGAUUAUUUUCUAAUGGGAGAAAUUACAUUUACUACUUUGUUGACUAGCAUUGAUGAGAUUGAGGUUUUGAGGCACAGUAGGGCAGCUAUUAAGGGUAGAGAUGGUUGUGCCAAACAGGAAAUUGAGUUGGGCCUAGAAGCAGUAGAGGAUGGGAGGUGGUUAUCAGCCUUCGGCUUGGUUGAAGACAUUAAUGUUGGAGAGAUAACUGGGUCUGAUUGGUCUCCUCCAUCCAUUCUACCAGAGCUGUGCAGCAGCUGGAAACAUUGGGCCUCAUGUGAGGUUGGAGGAGACUUUAUGUUGGAAGUCUUAUAUCUUCCGUCUUAG